GAGACCAAAUCACUGGAGAGAGUUUAGGAGCAGCAGGUGGACACCUGGGAACUUCUUCAGGCAACUUCAGGCAACCCAUCCAAGCCAAUGUUUACAAUAAAACGAUCCUCGUGUUUUGUAUUCAGGUCUGUGGUUAGACAUGAGAUGCAAACCAACGAGAGAUGGUUAGUGCAUUUGGGUGAGCUUGAGAAGAGAGAAAUUCUUGCACCAGUCGGUAUAUUAAUAUUGUACUUUUAAACUGCAAUUUUCCAGCCGGCUUUCCAAUGCUGUCUGUCUUUUCCCCGUUAGCCAUGGCAAGUCCGAGUUCUCCGUCAUUAACUGAAGUGGUGAAACGAGUAGCAGAGCAGCAGAAUAGUCAAGCCGCCGAAAUAGAGACGGGCAAGGCUCUUCUCGCGGAGUUGCAGACUCAGCUGCAGGAGCUUGAAUUCCAAAUGAAUUGUGUUGACUCAGAAAGAAAGGCAAUAGAAAGGGAAAUUUAUCAUCAAGAUGAAAGCACAGCCAGUUUGAAAGAUCGUUGUGAAAAGCUGGGCAGGCAGAGCGCAGGCUUGUCUGCCGAGAAUGUAAAGCUGCGAUUUGAUGCACAGACUUUGGAAGAAGAAUUUAAAGGCAUGCUCCGAAGAAACAGGGCCUACUAUGAGAAAAUAGCUGCUCACAAAGACCGUUUUGUGGAGGUGGAAAGUAAAUUGCCACUCAUGACUGAACUCUCGAAAAAACGAGCUGCCGUCAAGGAGAUGAUCCUGCAGAAGGAAGCGCUUGUCUCUUCUCUGCGGAAUCCGGAUGUGCUUUCUGCAAGCCCAGUGCAGGAAGAAAUUGCAUGUUUGCAAGGUGAAAUUCAUGCUCUGAAAGAAGCUGUCCAUGAAAAAGAAAAAGCACUUCGAGAUGAGCGAAGCAUGCAUGCGCAGCUUCAAAAAGAAAUCGAGGUGCAGAAUAAAAGAUGCGAAGCUAUGCUCAAGCGUUUGCAGUGCCAAGUGAACAAGCGGCAAGCCAAUAAAAGACGGUGGUGCUGGAACAUUUAACAGGUGGAAGGGAAGGCCGUGCGGCUGAGGAAGCCCCUUGGAGUAAUUGCUUAAUAAGCUCAUUAUAAGAUACGGCCCAUUCUCUCUGUGCACCAAGCCUUUAAGUGAAUCUCAAAUUGAAUAACCUAAUAAUUGUCCGUGAAGCUUUUCCGUUUCCUGUCCUGUAUUUUCUGUAUUUUCCCUGGUUAUAUUCAUAGUUUAGUAACAUAAAAAGUGAAUUUGCAAUGCAUAAACUUGGGGUGGGUGGAAACAGAAGUGAAUGCAGCUAGUUGCUCAUUGCCUGAUAUAUCGCUAUGAAAUAUCACUGUGUUCUUUGUUUUUAGCCUCUCAAAUAUGUUCAGAGAAUUCCUCAGUUAGAGAUGGUUCUGGCAUAGUUAAGUGGGCUACAAAAUAUACCUGACUACAACAAUAUUUUAAGUCAUAACUUCUCUGCAGCACAAUUAAAGGGGACAAUAAACCAUGAAUGGGCCUGAACAGAAACACCACAUUCUAAUAAUUAAUACACUAAAUGGUUAUUUCUUGCUUUUACUAUCUUGUUAUUGACAUCAGAAUUCACAAAUGGAAGUUUGUUGAUUUUUUGUAUUUUUGCCUUCAUGUUCUGUAAUAACAGCAUUUGUUUAGAAAA